AUGAAGCUGGGACACAUCUUUUUGUUUGUUACUUUCGCCAUCUGCAGUUACUCUGCUACUGCAUUCUUCAUCAAUAGUGGAUCUCUUCCCAUCAAUAAUCUCCUGCCCCUGAACAAUAUCCUCUCCUUUCUGGACCCACUGAAAAUGCUCUUUCAAACACUGGGCAUCUCUGUGGAGCACCUGGUUGAAGCGCUAAAAAAAUGUGUGGAAGAGCUGGGACCUGAAGCUUCUGAAUCUGUGAAAAAACUGCUGGAGGCUUUGUCCUACCUAGUGUGAUUUCGGGACGAUGGGCGGAACAAAUGUAGCUGAAUGCUUCAGAAUCUUCACUCAUCUUCCUCUUAUUGUUUUUCUGGUUUUUCCUUCACC